GGCGCCAACAACUUAAACUCACAGCAUAAAAAGUUUAAAUUUUUAAAACUGUAACAUAAAUGGUCGUUUUUUUUAUUACCACACACGUGUUUAUCUGUGAAAUGCUGAUGCUAAAUGAUAGGCUUGAGAUGAGAUGAGCAAUUAGCGUUCAACUGUAACCAUGCCAUUAAAAUUAAACCGUUAUGCUGAAACAGUAAUACGACAUAAUAGCUCUGUGAUCUGCAAUUCGUUCAUGACUUUAAAUCCACUGACGUGAAAACUGAAGCCACAUUUAAGAUAGACAAAUUAUGCAAUUUAUGUGAGUUGGGCUACUGGAUCUCCUAGCUACAGUAUGACAGCUCGGGCAUUAUGAAGGAAUUCAACGGAACAUCUGCCUCAGAAACGAAUGACUAUGGUCUAUUAAAUAGAAACGUUGUGUUUGUUUAUCUUUAAAUAAUGGGUCUGUACGUGUCGAUAUUCCAGGGAAAAAAAGUUUUUAAAUAGGCCUCGUCUAAAUUCUCUUGUGAACGCGGGAAUUCCGAGCACGCCCACUGUAACAGCUGCAGUCCGUGAAGUUGAAGUGAAGGGAAGAGAGUCUCGAGCCUCUGCCCAGCGCCUAAGGGCUCGAAAAAUGUGAAAUCAUCUAAGUGUAAGACAGUGUAAGACUGGUCUCGAUUAAAACUUGCUAUCCUACACAUUGGUGAGAUAGGGUAGUAGGCUUAACUAUGCUAACAGACCGCCGGGGUCAGACUAUUGAUGAACGUAGCUAUGCCGCACGGACGUGGGCCGUUAAGGGGACUAUUGUUUGCUACUUCCAGAAUUCUCGGAUUCUCCCAUCUGGUUUGAAUCGUCAUCUCCGAAAUUGUGAAAUUGGACACCUGAAUCACUUUUCUUUCCCCUUUCGCCUCUCUCUCCUCCCCUUCCUCUCAGCGCGGCUGUUUUCUGUUUAGUGUUUACUGCGUCUUGACUUUGGGAUUUUCAUAACAAUUCAAGCCAUCUGAAUGCAAACGGGAAUCGAGCCAAGAACGCCAGUCAGGCAGGUGGGAGACGCAACGGGCUGUCACCGCUGGAUCAAACUUUGCCAAUCCUACAUUCAAAGUCAGUGCUCGCUGAAAAAGUAAUACAGGGUGAAAUGGGAAGGGGUGGGGAGAAAACGGAGGGAGGGGAUGUGAGGAGAAAAGGCGAGGCAAAUGUUUUUCUAAGUUAAGGCUAAAAAUAUAUAAACGAAGAUAAAGGCGAUAAGAUCUCUUGUCAGUGCAUAUAUCAGCGCGAUUAAGGAUUGCGCGUUUCGCCAGCGGAAGAGUCGCGAGCAGCCCGGAGUGCGCUGCGAACAAACUUUCGAGUGGCCCCGCCCUCUCCACUGCGUCACCCUGGAGUAGAAGAUGGAGGAGGAGAAAGGGAGAGAGAGCGAGAGAGAGGAGGAGAAGGAGCGCGAGAGCGAGAGGGAAGAGGAGAAGGAGACCGACGAGACUGAGGAUUUUGCUCAGGCAGCAGAAGGGGCAGUCCUCUCGUGCCAAGAGGGGACCUCAAAGGAUGACUCUGACUUACCCAUAAUGCACUGGGAGGCUCUAAGCCUGCGCAUUGCUGAGCUGGAGAGACAGGAGGAGGAGAGGAAGGAAAGGUUAAAGAGCUCUGCAGAGGUGGAGCGAGAGAAUGUGUCAGUGGGUUGGAUGGAAGAGAGGGAUGGAGGGAGCUGGUGGGAGGAUGUGGAGGCGGACAGAAGCCGGAGGAUCACAGCGAUCACUUCACGGUUCCACAACCAGAAGAACCUGCAGCUCUGCUUCAUCAAUGACAGUGACAGCGAGGAUGACGAGGAGGGAGAGCAGGCAGGCGGAGAGACCUCAAGAGAGGCCCGUGGGCGUGGCCAAGCGGAUCAGGCCUCGCCCCCUGUGACACGAGGACUGAAGAUGGAGGUGAGGGCAGCACUGAGCGCACUCAGAGACAAGCUGUGGACUGAGCAGAAACAGGAGCGGUUAGCGUGUGCUGCUACACAGGUGGAGAGGAAGCCGUUGACUCUCAGUGAACUCCAGGCCCUCAGUCUGCAGGAGCUGAGCUCUCUCAGAGCCUCACUCACUCAGGCCAUCCACGACCUGAGCUCUGAGCUGGUGAAUCGACUGCUGACGCGGGACCAGCUGAGGACAGAACAGGAUGCCAUGCUGCUGGAUGUGGAGGACAUGACAUCACUGUGACAUCAUUGUCGUCUCAAAGAUACAAUGUCUGACAUCAUAAGAGACUAAGAUGACCUUGUCUUUCUCAUGUUUCUCAUUUAAUUUCUCUGAGAACGGUUCUGCAUCACAGGCAGCAGUGAAAUCAUAUGGUGACCAGUGAUUUCACACUGUGGUUGGUGACAUCACACUGUGAACAGUGACAUCGCAGAAGCAGAGAGAAUUCACUGUGAAGGACCCUGGACCCUUAAAUGGAUGCACUUUUUUUCUUGGAUUCUGUUUGGGUGGUUAUCGCCAUGGCAACCUGCAUUGAGCAUCUACGCCACGUGUCUCGCAGCGGUUGGGCAGAGAUGUGGGGGGCGGGGACUGUGAGGGACGGAUUUGAUUGGACGGUGAUUCUGCAACUUGUGUUGGUCUACCUGCCUGUCUCAGGCUCUAAUCUGAAUCGGGCUGAUCUCGAUGGGGGGGGCGGGGGGGGGGGCUGUGUCCCUUUCUCACACACGUGGCCGUGGUCUCAGGUUACAGUCAUGGUCGGACGGUCUUAAUGACGGUGGGUAACAGACCCAGGGCCUGCGAGCCACGGAGCCUGGCGGAGCUGAAGGGAUGAGCAGUGUUAAUGUGGGGCAGGGGUCUGGGUGGGGGCCUUUCCUGUAGAGGGACAGGCGCAGGGACACACUGGCCCGGCCCGUCUCAGUCUGGGUAAGAUUUACUCACUUUAUUCACUAAAAUGGACAAUGAUCACAAACGAUAAGUGCCUUUUGUAUCCCUUGCUUUAUGUGCCUUGUUCAUAAACCAUUAUUUUAUAUGA